GCCAUCGGCGUGGGUCCCGCCCCCCCCUCUCUCUCACCCUCUCCCCAUCCCUCCCCGCCCAACGCCGCCGUCGACCCGUCGUCGUACUCCCGCCCACCCAGCGCCGCCGCCGCCGCCGCCGUCCUCCCAGGCCGCCCGCCCAGCACCGCCGUCCAUCGUCGCCUUCCCCGUCCUCCCCAUCCCCCCGCUCGAGUUGCGGGUGAAGAGGGGCUCGAAGCGGCUGCUCCGCCAAGCCCCUCCUCUCGCCCUCCUCCCCUCUCGCCGAGCUUGCCGUCGCCGCCGUCAUCCUGCUGCAUCCUGAUCUGUGGAAGUAACAAACAGUUCGUUUGUCUGUUUCCCCGUAAAAUUCCCCAAGCUGGACCCGCCCCUGGAAGAAGAAGAAGUAGCUUAGUGUUGAUUUGAGCAUAAUAUGGGUGCCCCGAAGCAGAAAUGGACCGCGGAGGAGGAGUCCGCCCUCAAGGCCGGGAUCGCAAAGCACGGGGCUGGGAAAUGGCGCACCAUACUCAAAGACCCAGACUUCAGCAACGUCCUGCGCUACCGCUCCAAUGUUGACCUCAAGGACAAAUGGCGGAACAUGAACGUAACCGUGAACGCGUCCGGUGCCCGCGACAGGGUGAAAGCGCCCGUCGUUAAGAAGCCAAGAUCCGCUCCUAAGCAUGAAGGCCACUCUACCUCUACAGCUAUUGCCGCGGUAACUUCAGAUGGUGAUGAUGAUGUUGCGGAGCCUGUGCCUCUUGCAACGUCUACUUCAUCCAAGAGAUCCCUCUCGAGGCUAGACAAUAUCAUAGUAGAGGCAGUAAGGAGCUUGAAUGAGCCUACAGGGUCAUACAAGACAGCCAUAGCUAAUUACAUAGAGGAGCAAUACUGGCCUCCUGCUGAUUUUGAUCAUGUCCUGUCUUCAAAACUGAAUGAUCUGACAGCAUCUGGGAAAUUGAUAAAGGUGAAUCGAAAGUACAGGAUAGCCCCUAGUUCAUCUUUGUCAGAAGGGCGAAGCUCCAAAGUAGUGCUGCUCGAAGAUAUAAAAAAAGAACCAACAAAGUUAGAUAGGGAAGAUGUUGCAGUCCUCACUAAAUCUCAAAUCGAUGCUGAAUUAGCUCGGAUGAGAACCAUGACUGCAGAAGAGGCUGCUGCUGCUGCUGCUCGUGCAGUUGCAGAGGCAGAAGCUAUCAUGGCUGAAGCCGAAGCUGCAGUAAGAGAAGCAGAGGCUGCAGAAGCUGAUGCUGUAGCUGCACAAGCUUUCGCGGAGGCAGCAAUGGCAACAUUUAAAAACAGAAGUUCAGCAAAAUUGAUCAUUCGAGCUUGAAGCUACCUGUGGGAGCUGGUGCAGCAUCAGUUUCCUCCGACCUUGUUGUAUGUACACUUGUCCCGCGUUCCAAUGCAAUGCAAUUGCUACUCCAGUUGGGCUAGGGACGACCCUAUUCCAUCCUUAACUUAUGCAAGCUUAUUACAGAACCAAAUUGCCCAAAGCCCCAAACUGGAAUUGCACCGCAUCUGCUGAAUUUGCCAACAAUUUUGUUACGCCUGGAUCUGCACAGGCAUUGCGGCUACGGCAUCUUUUGACUCGCUCAUGGUAGUAACCCACAUAUGCUGGGAUAAUCAGGGAGUGACCAGUAGAAGUACAUCAUGGUUAUCCCCAUUCCUCCUUGGGUGAUUGUAAUUCACCUUGUAAUCGGUUUUGGCAUCAAAUAAUCAGAGUAUUGCGUUGUUGUUGCAUGUACAGAUGUAACAGUGUGUGUCUGGUUGACUGGUUCACUUCAUUGUGUAUAUCAACUGGCUUUUUUUUUUAAGCUCUUUCUCAUGGAUAAUAUGGUAA